CUUUCGGAAAGCGAGGGAACAGUGCACGCUGCGCUCCGCCCAGCUCCGUUCCGCUCCGCAGAGCCGGCGCGGCCAGGGCGCGGGGAGGGCGGCACUCAAUCCCGGCCUUCGCAGCCCCUCGCGCCCCCUCCGCCGGGGGACCCGGGUCCCCAGGCCGCUCCUCACAUCCCCGAGCGCGCGGAGGGCGGGAGAGGGAUCGGUACUGGCUGCGAAGGAGGGAGCCAGGAGCUAGCGGAGUCGCGUGCGCCGGCGCGCCGCCCUGGGGCCCCUCCAGCCCCGGACCCGGCCUGUCGCCAUCAGACUUGGGCGGCCCGUAGGAGAGACUUUGCACCCUUGAUCGGACAGGGACCGCAGCUACUCGGCCGGAGUGCAGGGCCGAGUCAGUGCGACGGCCCACGCGGGACAGGUCCCUGGAUGAGAAAGAGCUGACAGCAGCUGAGUCCCACCUUCUCUGUGUGCUGGGGAGCAGGGCUGCACGGCCCCGGUGGCACCCAUGCCGAAGAACAGCAAGGUGACCCAACGUGAGCACAGCAAUGAACAUGUCACCGAGUCAGUGGCUGACCUGCUGGCCCUUGAGGAGCCUGUGGACUAUAAGCAGAGUGUACUGAAUGUGUCCGGUGAGGCAGGUGGCAAGCAGAAGGCAGCGGAGGAGGAGCUGGACGCAGAGGACCGACCAGCCUGGAAUAGCAAGCUGCAGUACAUCCUGGCCCAGAUCGGCUUCUCCGUGGGCCUCGGCAACAUCUGGAGAUUCCCCUACCUGUGCCAGAAAAAUGGAGGAGGUGCCUACCUGGUGCCCUACCUGGUGCUGCUGAUCAUUAUUGGCAUCCCCCUAUUCUUCCUGGAGCUGGCUGUGGGCCAAAGGAUCCGCCGCGGCAGCAUUGGUGUGUGGCACUACGUGUGUCCCCGCCUGGGGGGCAUUGGCUUUUCCAGCUGCAUUGUGUGCCUCUUUGUUGGGCUGUAUUAUAACGUGAUCAUCGGAUGGAGCAUCUUCUACUUCUUCAAGUCCUUCCAGUACCCACUGCCCUGGAGCGAAUGUCCUGUCAUCAGGAAUGGGACCAUGGCAGUGGUGGAGGCAGAAUGUGAGAAGAGCUCAGCCACCACCUACUUCUGGUACCGAGAGGCCUUGGAUAUCUCCAACUCCAUCUCUGAGAGCGGGGGCCUCAACUGGAAGAUGACGCUGUGCCUUCUCGUGGCCUGGAGCAUUGUGGGCAUGGCUGUGGUCAAGGGGAUCCAGUCCUCAGGGAAGGUGAUGUAUUUCAGCUCCCUCUUCCCCUACGUGGUGCUGGCCUGCUUUCUGGUCCGAGGACUGCUGCUGCGAGGAGCAGUCGAUGGCAUCCUACACAUGUUCACUCCCAAGCUGGACAAGAUGCUGGAUCCCCAGGUGUGGCGGGAGGCAGCCACACAGGUCUUCUUUGCCCUGGGGCUGGGCUUCGGUGGGGUCAUCGCCUUCUCCAGUUACAACAAGCAGGACAACAACUGCCACUUUGAUGCCGCUCUGGUGUCCUUCAUCAACUUCUUCACCUCGGUGUUGGCCACCCUCGUGGUGUUUGCUGUGCUGGGCUUCAAGGCCAACAUCAUGAAUGAGAAGUGUGUGGUCGAGAAUGCUGAGAAAAUCUUAGGGUACCUCAACUCCAACGUCCUGAGCCGGGACCUCAUCCCACCUCACGUCAACUUCUCCCACCUGACCACCAAGGACUAUGCGGAGAUGUACAAUGUCAUCAUGACCGUGAAGGAGGACCGGUUCUCAGCCCUGGGCCUAGAUCCCUGCCUCCUGGAAGAUGAGUUGGACAAGUCCGUGCAGGGCACAGGCCUGGCCUUCAUCGCCUUCACAGAGGCCAUGACGCACUUCCCUGCCUCCCCAUUCUGGUCCGUCAUGUUCUUCCUGAUGCUUAUCAACCUGGGCCUGGGCAGCAUGAUUGGGACCAUGGCGGGCAUCACCACGCCCAUCAUUGACACAUUCAAGGUGCCUAAGGAGAUGUUUACAGUGGGCUGCUGUGUCUUUGCAUUCUUCGUGGGGCUGUUGUUCGUCCAGCGCUCCGGAAACUACUUUGUCACCAUGUUUGAUGACUACUCGGCCACCCUGCCACUCACCGUCAUCGUCAUCCUUGAGAACAUCGCUGUGGCUUGGAUCUAUGGAACCAAGAAGUUCAUGCAGGAGCUGACAGAGAUGCUGGGCUUCCGACCCUACCGCUUCUAUUUCUACAUGUGGAAGUUUGUGUCUCCACUGUGCAUGGCUGUGCUCACAACGGCCAGUAUCAUCCAGCUGGGGGUGACGCCCCCGGGCUACAGCGCCUGGAUCAAGGAGGAGGCUGCAGAACGCUACCUGUAUUUCCCUAACUGGGCCAUGGCACUUCUGAUCACCCUCAUCGUUGUGGCAACCCUGCCCAUCCCUGUGGUGUUCGUCCUGCGGCACUUCCACCUGCUCUCCGAUGGCUCCAACACCCUCUCUGUGUCCUACAAGAAGGGCCGCAUGAUGAAGGAUGUCUCCAACCUGGAGGAGAACGAUGAGACCCGCUUCAUCCUCAGCAAGGUGCCCAGCGAGGCACCCUCCCCCAUGCCCACCCACCGCUCCUACCUGGGGCCUGGCAGCACGUCACCCCUGGAGAGCAGCGGCAACCCCAAUGGACGCUAUGGAAGCGGCUACCUCCUGGCCAGCACCCCUGAAUCAGAGCUGUGACCACUGCCCCAACCCUGCCCACCUCUCCCACCACGCCCAACCUGCCCACUGGUCUGGGUCUGGCCUCUUCCUUCACAGUGGCCACCAGACCCAGGCCAGGCCCUCUGCCCAAGGAGAGAGGGUCACACCCUGCCUCAUUCCCAUCCCAAUCCUGGCAGACUCUGCUCCCUAGCCCUGAUCAGGGAGCUGGGAGCAGCACUGUCCCCCAAUCCAGGCCCCCAAUCCAUCUAACCCUUAGAACCUUUCACCAAAUUGCAGCCAUGUAACCAGAACAAUCAAGAUGUCCUGAUUCCCAGUUCAGAGAAGACUCCAAAUGGCUACUUUGGAGGUCAUUCCAUCCUCCUCUCUCCUUGCAACCUGCCACCUGAAGUUCUGGGGUGUGGGAGAGGGUCCCCUUAUACUAUCAGGUGGUGGUGGGGAGAGGCCUCAGGGCCUGGGGGCAGAGUCUGCCAUAAGAAUAGGACUCACCCUCCUGCCCAACCCAGACUGUCUGCUGCUGGGCCAAGAGGCUGCCUCAUUAAAGGCUGGGUUGGAGGACAGGUGUGCCAGGAGUGUGCAGAAGCUCCCAAGGCCUGUUUUGUAAGGAAGGUGGUACCCCUAGCUUGAGCAAGAACGUUGGCACCAAAGGGGACUUGUUGGCCCCUGGAUCUAGUUAGAAACUUUGGAUGUCCUUGCCCCUGCCUAGGGCAGGUGGGCUAUGCUCCUGCAUUCUGCCUGGGUGGGCAAUGACAAGGUUCAGAACCUCCCCACCUCCAUUAGGGCUUAGCCAUCUCCCAGCCCCUUCCAUCCAACUCAAAACCCAGGGUGGUGGCCUCUGCCUUCUUUCUCCAAAGAGAAGGGGACAGUGCAAGGUAAGGUUUCCAGAGCACAGCUUGAUGGUUCUCAGCACAAUUUGAUGGUUUGGAGCACAAUUGUGAAGCACACGCCCUCUCCCCUCACCUGGGGCCCAAUUUUCUCUCUAGUGGCAGCUUCUCCCCUGGAAUGGGCAUCCCUGUAGUUCAGGAGCUCACUCCCAGGAAGUCUUGUUCCUGGAGAAAGACAGAUAAUUUCACUGCCCUUUUUGGGCCACCACUCACUCUCCUUGUUGCACAAGCACAGCCACCAGUGUUGCACAUUGUAUGCAGACACCUUGGAAAUCUUGCCCAAGCUUCCCUGGCCUGUGGUGGGCAGCGCUCUUGGCAAUGCCGUGGACAUUGGAGGCUGCCAAGGGCAAAGUGGAACCUCUGUCAUGCGGCCUAGUGCCUGCAAGAGGCUACAGCUGAUGGCAGCAACCCCACCCUUACC